AUGGAAUUUUUUGGCAGCAACUAUUUUCGAUUCAGAUUAGCUUUGAGUUUAAUCAGUGGAAAAGCGAUAACAAUUAAAAAUAUUAGAAAGAAAAAUUCACAAAAAAAAAUAAAUAAAGAUGAUGAAAUUGAUGAUAAUGAAAUAAAAGAAGGCCUACAAGAAUAUGAAGCAAAAAUUUUAAAGCUUAUAGAUAAGCUAUGUGAUGAUACUACUAUAAAAAUUAAUGAAUAUGGAGAUGAAUUAUAUUUUAAACCAGGCUUUUUAAUAGGUAAUGUAAAUGAUGAAGUUAGAAUAAGUGAUUUAAAUAAUACCUUUCAUUGUGGUAAUGAAAGAAGUAUAAGCUAUUUUUUAGAAUUUUUAAUUAUGAUUGUUCCAUUUUUUAAAAACCCAGUAAAAUUAUUAUUAAAAGGUAUAACAGAUGAUCAAAUAGAUAGAACUGUUUAUACAUGCAAAAUAGUUUGUGAAAAUUUUUUUAAAACCUUUUUAAAUGUAAAUAAUGACUUUUUAAAUAUUACGAUUUUAAAAAGAGGUACAAAAUUAGACGCUACAGGUGAAGUUUCAUUUUUUAUGAAUAAUUUAAAAAUGAUUAAUUCUUUUGAUAUGCAUGAUGCUGGAUUAGUUAAAAGAAUCACGGGAACUAUUGUUUGCAACCAAAUAUCUAUGAUUUUUAGAAAUAAAAUUGUAAAUUGCGCAAAAAAAAAUUUACAUAAUUUUACACCAUAUGUUAGUAUUGAAGUAGAAAAGGAAAAAAAAAAUAGCUACCCUAAUAAAAACAACUCGCAAAAUAAUUUUAUGUCCUUAUCUUUGUUUGCACAAACAAAAAAUAAAUGUAUUUACGGCACAGAUCUUUAUGUUGACAAAUUUAUGCUCCAACACGUUAAGGAUAUGUUAGCUAGUCGAACUGAUGAUAGUUUACCUAUGCAACUCGGAGGGCAUAAAUGGGAUGAAGGGGAGAUGGGCGAAAAUGAAGAAGAGGACGAAGAAGAGGAAGAAGAAGAAGAUGAUGAGGAAGAUGAAGUAGAAGAAGAUGAUGAAGAAGAAAAAAUAGAUGAUAGUAAUGGUGAUGAAGAAGAAGACGAUGAAGAAGACGAUGAAGAAGACGAAGAUGAGGAGGAGGACGAAGAAGAAGAUGAUGAUAAGGAGAACGAAGUAGAAAAAGAAGAGGCCGAAAAGAUAGAUGGUAAUGAUGAUGAAGAAGACGAUGAAGAUGAAGCAGAAGACGAGAUGGCAGAAAAAACAGAUGAUAAUGAUGACGAGGAGGAAGAUGAUGAAAAUGAAGGAGACGAAAACGAAAUAAGCUUAGGAAAUAAAACUAAGCACCAAUUAAACAAUAGGGAUAAUUAUCCUUUGAACGAUGAAAACAAUGAAAUGAAUAAUAUUAGUAAUAUUGAUGCCUCAAAAGAGGAGCCUAAAACAUUACAUGAUGCUGAUAUAUAUGAAAGACUAGGAUUUUUUAUUUCCCUAAAAUUAAUGAACGAAAUAAAAGGGUUAUCAUCCAUAGAUUCAAGCUAUCAGUGGCUACCUUUGCUUUAUAUGGCAUUGGCAAAUGAUACAGCCGUUUCAAAAAUUUCAUUAAACGCUUUAAAACCUUACUCUAUUGUUCUUAUUCGCCUUUUAAGAGACUUUUUCAGCGUAGUGUUUGAUAUAAAAAAAGUGGAAAAAUCUCAAAUUGAAUAUUCAUAUCUUAUAAAAUGUGUUGGUAUAGGUUAUCGCAACUUUUCAAAAAAAACUUUUUAG